GUAGUCACAAACACGGCAACUACAUUGCCUUUCGCGCCACAUCGUACAGACUUAGCCUGCCUACUCCAUCCGCGGUCCAGGAUCGUGGGCAGGUACUGCGCUCAUCUUCAUAAGUAGGACAUCGCUGCGUACCUGUCAUACAUAUUCAAACCGAUCCACCUUGCAAGAUGAAGUGGCUACAAUCAACAUCACCUCGCACUUCAUGCGCCACCUCGGAUUCGUCCUCCAGUCGAACUACCAGUGACCCUUCUGCUUACACCAGUGUUGCCUUAACAGCAAGACAGAAGGCGUAUAUCCGGAGCGAAUAUCAAGACAACACCCGCUGGGACGUGCCUGUCGGGGAAUUUAUACGCGCCGUCUCUCUCGAGGAGCUGAAAAUCGCAGGAGACUUCGAGGAUAUCCUAUUACGGUCUGCCUCGUAUCAGGGCGCAGACACUGACGUGGCACAGAAGGGGGCUAUUACAAACAAAGUUGCGCCUCUGGUUCGACUAGCAGCUUCCUUUCUGGCACAUAUAGACAGAUCAGGGCCCUUGCAUGCCCGAGUUUGCCCCUCUCCCAACCGAGGUUCCUUCUCGCCGAAGGCAACCACCCCGACUCCCCAUCCAAAUCUCAUGGCUGAAAGUUGGCCGCUUAUGGCAAACGGCAAACGGAAGCGAGUCAACGCGGACGGCACGGACGACGUACCUCCGCUCAAGCGGCGCCUGCGUCCCACUCCCAUUCCCUCACAACAGCAAGCUAUCGACUCGGAGACAAGCGAUACACUAUUGCCACAUGUCAUGACUGACGCGGAGAUGCAAGCGAUCGUCUACGUAAACGACGCCCUCUCUUCCAGCGUGUGGACCUUUGUCCUGGGUUGGCUGGUCGAGGAAGACGAAGUCCGACUCGUCUACGGCGAUCGCAUGGGUCUUGUCUUUACGCAGCCCUUCCCCCACCCGAAGGACGUGGGCGAAAGCCGCGCAUCGAUGGUUCCCGGCAUAGGGGUUGUUCGUGUAGGGAGCCUCGGGUUCGACGAAGGCCUGAACGGGACCAUCCAACUGGAAGAUUCUUUCGGAAGCGAAGGUCCCGCAUACACGAAGUUCCGGCUGGAUGUGCUGGGCGAGGAUGGUGCAGCUACGAAGCUCGAGUUUGACGUCGACAAGGAUGAGUUGUUAUGUAUCCCGUCUGGUCUUCUUGGUCGGGGCACAAUCGUCGCCUCGAUGACCGCGCCAUCCGGCAGUGAGGCGGAGAGGAAAUGCGGCUCCGAGACGCUCGUCGCGAAAGUGGCGUGGCCACACAAGGGUUGGAAGGCCGAAGACCAAGUAAUCCGCGCCGUUCGCCAAAGUCUGGCGGACAAGAAGAAAGGGAGGUACUUAGACCAUAUCGUUGACCUGAAGUGCGCCGUCACGAAGAGCAUCGAGGAGAUGGGGCUGCCUCGUGUUGCGAUGGGGAUCAUCCCCGAGGAGCAAGACCUGCGCGUCUGCCGCACUCUUAUCCUGAAGCGUUACCAACGCUUGGAGGCCAUCGGGUCUGCGGAGUGUUUCCACGUCGUGUUUGUGGAUGUCGUUCGUGCUCAUCACUGGGUGUACGAGACGUCGAAGAUACUUCACGGCGAUAUCAGCAUCAACAACAUCAUGUGGUUCAUCAAGGACGGGCAAGUCAUCGGUGUACUGUGCGACUGGGAUCUCGCAGAAGAUCAUAGCAACGGCGACCUUCUGUCUAUUGGACCCACAGAAGCGGUGGGCGCUUCGUUGCCACCAGGAACGAGCACGGGCGAGAAGAUGGCCAAACCGUCGAACGAACCGCAGAGCCAAACCGAUGCGGAGCAAGUCCCGGAGUCGACGACUGUCCCAUCGGAGGGCGACCAUAUGCGAAAACCGAGAUACCGCACGGGUACUGGCCCGUUCAUGGCGCUGGACCUUCUACGCGAAGGUUAUCCUCCACUGCGCAAGUAUCGCCACGACCUCGAGUCGUUCUUCUAUCUCUAUGCCUACGCCGCCGCCGGAUACGACCCGACAAACAACAUAUUCCGACCGAUCAAGCAAUGGCAACUCGAGUCGCUCGUCGCUAUUGGAGACCAGAAGUACAAGUUUCUGACGAAUGAUGUGGAGAACGAGGCCGUCUUUUCCGCCGCGCACGAAGAGUUCAAGCCAUUGCUGGCACCGGAGGGUUUCCUGAUGCAGCUCCGAUGGAUGUUCAGGAUCGUGGAGCGCAAGAUGGACAAGAUCAAGGAUCUCAAGAGCAUUGCAAGAUACCUCGGUUCCGCAGAGGAUGUUGAGGCCAAGAUUUGUAAGGCUGAGAGGAAGAGGGACGAGAUGGCUACAUACAGUGAGUUCAUGAGCACACUCGGAGCGUCGGAGGAUAUAUAGACUCGAUUUUCUGUUCCCCCCCUUGUUUCGUUUGUUUGCUCCCUUUAUUGUCACUGAGGGC